UUCUAGUCCUUAGGCAAAAAUCGAUAUUGCCUGUCCGAUAUCACCUAUUUCUGCAUUCUGGGUCUUUUGACGGAAGGGAAGGUGUCUUUGAGAAGGUCGCACGAACGGACGCAGACGAAAUUUCGCCUCAGUUUACGGGCGAUGAUCUCUCCUUCUAUUUUACACCCCGCUCUAGAACAGCCUUUGCAUAUCAAAUAUGUUUACCACCACGACCAAUCUACGAUACAUUAUUUGGUGUCUAUUCAAUCUCCUUAUUGGAAGCCCUUCCUCAUUCGUCAGACGCACAAUA